AUGACCCGUUUCUACUCUGCCAAUGCGUUGUCCUCUGAUGAGAUCAUUAGAAGAAUCGCAGAGUCCAACGCUCAUUUGAUCAACAAGGAGGUCAACAUCACACCAGAGACCACCAUCCAGGCCGAUUUGGGGCUGGACUCUCUCGACGCCACCGAGUUCCUGGUGAACGUUGAGAACGAGUUUGAUAUCGAACUCACUGAUGAGGAGUCUGAGAAGGUCAAGACCAUUGCGGAAGUUGUUGAGUUGAUCUCAAAGAACCCACACGCCAACUAA